AUGGCUCGCAACAAGUGGAUCGACAAGAAGACGGCGACUCAUUUUACGCUGGUACAUCGGCCUCAAAAUGAUCCCUUGAUCCACGAUGCCUCUGCGUCGUCCAUGGUCCUCAAUCCCACAGCGCUACCAAAUUCCAAUAAGGUCAAAAAGCUAGACGACCUUGCCUCCGAACUUGGCGAUGAUGUAGAGAAGAUUAGAGAUAACGAGGGUGAAGCAGCCAGCUAUGGCGUAUACUACGAUGACACUGAGUACGAUUACAUGCAGCAUAUGCGCGAGUUGGGCAGCGGAGCCGGAGAGGCACAUUUCAUCGAAGCUCCUGCACCAAGAAACAAAGGCAAGGGGAAACAAUCCCUAGAAGAUGCGCUGAGGGAUGCAAGCCUCGAGGAUAAAGCAGCGGCGUUGUUGGACGAGGAUAUUUUGCCGUCAAAGAACCUACGAAAAGCGACUUAUCAAGCCCAGCAAGAUAUCCCCGAUGCGCUGGCUGGCUUCCAGCCAGACAUGGACCCAAGAUUAAGGGAAGUCCUGGAAGCCUUAGAGGACGAGGCGUAUGUAGAUGAGGAUGAGGACGUCUUCGGGGAGUUGGCAAAGGACGGGGAAGAGAUCGAGGAGCAUGAAUUCGAAGAAGGUGCUUGGGAUGAUGAAGAUGGAGGGUGGGAGUCGGAUGACACUGCAAAGCCUGCCAAAGAAUACAAAGAUGCGCCCAUUCCAUCCGAACAAAUAUCGAGCGACGAGCGGGAGGACCAUGGGGACGGUGACUGGAUGGCAGAUUUCAGCAAAUUCAAGAAGGAUCAAAAGUCCAGGACAGCAGCCGCGCCUUCACCAUCCGACAUGCAAUCCUCGAUUAUGACCACCACAACAAAUGGUGGCAGGCGGAAGAAGAGGAAGGGCGCCCUGACAAACCCAUCUACAUACUCGAUGACAUCCUCGUCGAUGUUUCGAACCGAAGGCUUAUCCACGCUGGACGCAAGGUUUGAAGUGAUAGAAGAGAAGUAUAACGAGGAUAUGGAUGACAUGGCUUCUGUAUCUGCCGCUUCGUCAAUGUCCAGUGUUCAAGGUCCAGUCCGAGGAGAUUUUGAUAGCAUCAUGGACGAUUUCCUGGGUGACUAUACUAUGAGCGGCAAGAAGCAUGUCAAGAAGGGGAAGUAUCAGAGCGGGAUGGAGCAACUUGAUGAGGUUCGCAAAGGCCUAGGCCCAGCAAGAGUUCGGACGUAG